AUGGCGCAGCCGAACUACCGGCACGGCGGCGGCCACCGAGACCUGGAGGCGGCGAUGGAGAUGGCCCAGCCAGAGAAAGCAAUGGCGAAAAGCGGCAGCCGGUACGGCUUCACCGGUGGGCUGGAGUUCACCAGCCUUACAUACACGGUGGUCAAGAAGCAGCGAGGGGUCGGCGGGGAGUGGGAGAAGAAGGACGUGGACCUGCUCCACGAGAUCACGGGGUACGCCCCCAAGGGCUGCGUCACCGCCGUGAUGGGUCCCAGCGGCGCCGGGAAGUCGACGUUCCUGGACGCGCUCGCCGGGCGCAUAACCAGCCUCGACGGCCGCGUGGCGCUCGACGGCGUGGAGAUGAGCCCCAGCGUCAUCAAGCAUUCGUCCGCUUACGUCAUGCAGGACGACCGCCUCUUCCCGAUGCUGACCGUGUACGAGACGCUCAUGUUCGCCGCCGAUUUUCGCCUCGGCUCCACCGUCUCCGCCGCCGACAAGAAGCUCCGCGUCGACAACCUCAUCGAGCAGCUCGGCCUCACGACAUCAAGAAACACGUACAUCGGGGACGAGGGCACGAGGGGUGUGUCCGGUGGUGAGCGGCGGCGAGUCUCGAUCGGCGUGGACAUCAUCCACGGGCCGGCGCUGCUGUUCCUGGACGAGCCGACGUCGGGGCUUGACUCGACGAGCGCGCACAGCGUGAUCGAGAAGGUGCACGACAUCGCGUGCGCCGGGAGCACCGUGGUGCUGACCAUCCACCAGCCGUCGUCCCGUAUCCUGCAGCUCCUCGACCACCUCAUCAUCCUGGCGCGCGGCCAGCUCAUGUACAGCGGCGGGCCAAAGGAUGUCACCGCGCAUCUCGGCCGCAUGGGCCGUAAGGUGCCCAAAGGGGAGAACUCCAUAGAGAACCUCCUCGACGUCAUCCAGGAGUACGACCAGUCCGAGUUCGGCGUCAAGGCCCUCGCCGAGUUCUGCCUCACCGGCCUCAAGCCACGCAAGCUCGCCGCCGAGGGGCUCUCCCUCGUGUCUAGUAUCCCUGCGACCCCGAUCGGGCCCGGGGGCGAGGACUUCGACCACAGCCUCAGGAGCCAGCACUCCAAGUCUCCUUGGAGCGGCACGCCGUUCACGCCGUCCCGGCGCCCCAAGAAAGAUCAAAACAGGUAUACAUACUUGCCCAAGAAACAGGAGUACGGGCCGGAGAUCGUGAUGGGGACGCCGACGCCGCUGAGCAGCAUCUCGGUCUACACGGUGAACGAGGCCGACUACCUGUCACCGGCGCAGCGCAAGACCGCCACGGGCGCCCCCGGCGUGGGCGUCAACGCGCUGGGGCACCGCGGCAAGUUCGCAAACUCGUACGCCAGGGAGGUGUGGGUGCUGAUGCGGCGCAACUUCACCAACAUCUGGCGCACGCCGGAGCUGUUCCUGUCGCGGCUGAUGGUGCUGACUGUCAUGGGGUUCCUGAUGGCCACCAUGUUCACCAAGCCCAAGGACAACACGCAGGGCAUCACCAACCGCCUCAGCUUCUUCAUCUUCACCGUCUGCGUCUUCUUCUUCUCCUCCAACGACGCCGUGCCGGCCUUCAUCCAGGAGCGGUUCAUCUUCAUCAGGGAGACCUCGCACAACGCGUACCGGGCGUCCGCGUACGUCGUGGCCGGGGUCAUCACGUACCUGCCGUUCCUCCUGCUCCAGUCGGCCGUGUACGCCCUGAUCACAUGGUGGGCAAUCGGGCUUCACGGAGAGCUCCUCUACUUCCUCGUCAUGCUCUACGCCUCCCUCCUCUCCACCAACUCCUUCGUCGUCUUCAUCAGCUCCAUCGUGCCGAACUUCAUCCUGGGGUACGCGGCGGUGAUCGCGUUCACGGCGCUCUUCUUCCUCUUCUGCGGCUACUUCGUCGACAGCGACAGCAUCCCGAGGGGGUGGAAGUGGAUGAACACCGUCUCCACCAUGAAGUACCCCUACGAGGGCCUCCUCCUGAACGAGUUCCGCGGCCACCGGAUCUUCUCCACGGUCCCGCCGCUCGACGGCGACACCAUCCUCGACAACCUCGCCAUCAGCCUGGCGGAGGACCGCAAGUGGUGGAUGGUGCUCUACCUGCUCGGCUGGGCCGUCUUCUACCGCGUCCUCUUCUACCUCGUCCUCCGCUUCGGCUCCAAGAACAAGAGGAACUAACCAAAACCUGGAGGCCUGUAUCGUAUCAUCAUACUGCAUGUACAAAGCAGCACAUCGUUUCAAACAGCUGCUUAAACAUUCGUCUGUUAGCUUAAUCCAAGUGCUACUGUAAUUAUUCAUUUGCGGAGCUGGAUAGUGCAAGAGAAGCGACGUCGAUCGUACGUUC